AUGACCAAAGUGCAAAGUGGGGACGGCAUGCUUUUAAGCGAUUUGCACGAAAUGAGAAUCAUUGAUGGAAAGACAGCACUCAUAACAAUAUAUGAAACAGGGCCCUACGACCUCGAAGCAUACGGCUUCGAUCCCGGAAAUGGUUGGGUUAUAGACGGCGUGUUCCAAGAGGUUGAUAUAACGACGGGAGAGGUUCUAUUUGAGUGGAAAUCCCUUGACUACGUUCCGCUUUCGGCUACCCUUGCCCCUCUGCGCUUAGAUGCAGUGGUUGGUGAUGGCUUGACUAAUGGGAGCGCUUGGGAUUAUUUUCACAUUAAUUCAGUCGAUAAGAAUCACGAAGGUGACUACCUUGUGUCUGCAAGACAUACCAGCUCCAUAUACAAGAUUUCCGGCAUGGAUGGGUCCAUUAUAUGGCAACUGGGCGGCACUCAAUCGUCUUUCGAACUGACAAAUUACAAUUUCUCCUAUCAACAUCACGCCCGUUUUCGAGAGGGGAAUGAGACMACGACAAUUCUCUCCUUCUUUGAUAAUGGAAGCAACCAACAUCAAAACACGUCAUCGACUUCGUCAGGGAUGGUUAUCUCUAUCGACGACAGUACGAACACCUCGACAUUGAUCAGACAAUACUUUGCUCCAGGCGAUGGCCUGCUUUCAAUAACCCAGGGAAACGUCCAAAUAUUGCCAAACAAGAACGUCGUGAUCGGAUGGGGCAGCAAGCCUUCGAUUUCGGAACAUACCGAGGACGGCACUGCAAUAUUCUUUGCUACAUUAGCCUCCCCAGAUGCACAGAAUUACCGUGCAUUCAAGUCGAACUGGACUGCAAACCCAAGCGACCCUCCUGCCCUUCGGUCAUACAGCGCAUCCACAAACUCAGCAACCACCUUCUGGAUAAGCUGGAAUGGAGCCACGGAUGUCGACUGGUGGAGAAUCUAUGCCACAUCCCCUGAGUCCGAUGAAUUCAUGCCUUUGGAUGUAAUAUGCAGUCAAGGCUUUGAGACUGCAUAUGCUAGCUCUAGCUACCACCCUCAGUCUUUUGCAGAGGCCAUUGCAGCAGAUGGAUCGAGUUUAGCAAACUCAUCAGUUGUGGAUACAUCUUCGAGCUUACGUGAGAGACUAGGGGUUUAG